AUGGGCAAAACCGCGGUUGAAAGGGAGAUCCGCGAAGACCAAGGAGAAGGAGCUAGUAAAGACCAUAAUUCGACCAUUCUACAUGAUGUCGAACAGGGUGAUGAAGUCGAUAUGGAGACAAUCGAUCGUGUUUAUAGGAAAAUCGAUUGGCGAAUCAUCCCGCCAUUUUGGACUCUGUACUUUCUUUGCGCAGCGAUCCGUUCAAAUAUCGGGCUGGCCCAGACCAUGAACAUUGACCGACACCACGACCUUGGCAGCGUACUGAACAUAACUCCGCAACAAGUGUCCACUAGUUUGGCCCUGUUCUAUGUCUGCUACGUGCUCUUUGAUCUGCCGUCCAAUCUCAUUAUGACGAGGUUAAGUCCUCGUGUCUGGAUGAGUCGCAUUGUUACCAGUGUUGGUGUCAUUGGAUGUUGUUUUGCUGCCGUCAAAGCAGCGUGGAGUUUAUACUUACUUCGGCUCCUGCUUGGAAUUGUCAUCGCCGGCAUGUGGCCAGGAAUGGCCUAUUAUCUCACUCUCUUUUACCCUCCCUCCCGCACCGGCAAACGGAUAGGCCAGUACUUCACCGCACCCCACGCAUCUGCUGCCGUCGUGGGGCUCGUUUCUGCAGGUUUCCAGAAAAUGGAAGGAUUGCGAGGUCUUGUCGGAUUUCAGUGGAUGUUUCUUCUCUACGGCGACACAGGUACUCUCACAGGAAUUAGUCUUCUCUGGUGGCUUCCGGAGCGCCCACUUCCCCCUGGAGAAAAACCACCACCCAGAUGGCGACUUUUAAGAUGGAUCCCUCGACCGCGCCCGGUGCUGAAGGGACGGGAUGCGGAAAUUCAUUACCGUGAUUUGAAACGUGUUUACCACAACCCGCGAUGGAACAUGCGAGAUCUUGCUGGCGUGUUGAUGGACUGGCGCCUGUGGCCGCUGACAAUAAUGUACUUUGGGGUUGUUGGUGUGGGAAUCGGCAUCCAGAAUUACGGAACUGUCAUUAUCCGAGGCUCCAAUCCGUCAUUAACGGGUGUCCAGCUAAGUUUACUCUUCGCCCCAAUCUGGAUUAUGGACCUCAUCGCCAUCCUCAUCGUCACUCCCUUCUCCGACCGCUUCCAUCAUCACCGCGGCAUCUUCUUCAUCGUCCCCGUCCUCUUCCAAAUCCUCGGCCUGCUCCUGACAACCUAUGCCGGCUCAGUCACGAACUCCUGGCCACGCUACGGCGGUCUGCUGAUUGUCGGCUUCGGCCUUGGUCCCACCGUGCCCAUAACCAUGACAUGGACAAACGAGCUCUUCCAACCAUGCCAUGGCGAGGUGGGCGUCGCAGCCGCAUCCGCACUGGUCUCCGGCCUGGGCAACUUGGGGAGUAUCCUCACCACAUACGCUCUGUAUACUGGCUGGGCCAGUGACCGCCAGGCGAUGGGGAUGAAGAAGUAUCGAAAGAGUAAUUUGGUUAUGAUAGGAAUACUCUGUGGUAGCAUUGUGGCCGCCGUUACCUUGGAAGUGUUGUUGAGGCUUUUUGGGGGGAAGAAUACGGCUGCGAGAAGGGAUGAGGAUGGGAAUGGGACUAAUGGCGAUGGGGCAUCUAAGAGAGAGGCGGAGCAGAGAGGGUUGAAGGGAUUAUGGCUGCUGAAGUUAUUCGAGAAGUAG